UGAAAUCAGUGUGCUGGCAGCAAGACACAGCUGCAUUUCACCUCCUGAUACUGCCUUUAGGAACAGUCUGCAUGAAUUUCUUUUUUUUUUUUUUUUAAAUAUUUCCCUUUAUCUCUCACUCUCACUUAAUUUCACUUAAUUUUUAUUCUUCUACUGGAGAGAAGAUGGCUUUUCCAAAGGAGCUCCUUACUUUUAUUUUAUCUCUGACAGCACCGCUUGUACUUUAUACAGCAAACAACAUUUCUGCUUUGCAAAAGCCACUGGUUAUACUGGGAUUUGAAGUAGCUAUUCUUGCUGCAGUUUUCAUCGUGGCAUAUCUGUGUGUUCGAAAAGAAAAAUCUGUGGACUUCCUGUUUUAUGUAUUCGUUGUGUUUUCUUUCACCUCCAUCGCUGACCUUACGUGUGCUCUUGAGCUGGAUGGAUGUAUCAAAGGCUUCAUUGAUUUCUACAUUAACAAGGGUGAACCCUAUUUGAACACGGCACAUUGCAUCAUGAAGAACUACUGGAAUGGAGGGGUGCACUUUGUUUUGCUCCUCGCCAUCAUCCACCGCAUGUGGAAAGGGAAGCCAUAUCGGAGUUUGGCUCUUCUAUGGGCCGGUUCCAUGGUAGCCACUCAGAUCGUCUUUAUUCCAAGCAUUGUCAUAGGUAAACAUGCUAAGAACAUCUAUCCAGCAUUUUGGCUCAACCUCUUUUUCCUGAUGCUGCUCUUAUGGACAGCAGUGAAGCUUUUUAAUAAGCCAAGAGAGCUGCCAAUCAUUCCAGCAGACAAGGUUGCAGCAGAACAGAAGAAAAGACUUCUGUCUCGCCCCAAAGACCUCUUGCUCACACUCACUGCGCUUGGAGCCAUGGCCUUCACUGUGUUUAGAGGAUUUGUUGUUCUUGAGUGCACACUGGACAUGUGUUUCACCUACAUUUACCAGUACGAGCCCUACAUGAAGGACAGUGUGGCCUUCCCUAAGGUCAUGAUGUUGGUGUUCCUCUUCUAUGCUUUGCCCUUGCUAUCCCUGUUAGUCUACGGGCUGACUGUUCCGGGAUGCACUUGGAUGCUGGACUGGACUUUGUUCCUCGCAGGGGCCAUAGCUCAGAUGCAGUGGACGUACAUCGGUGCAUCCGUGCACUCACGGACACCCUUCACCUAUCGCAUCCCUAAAGAGGAGUGGAGGCUAGUCGUGACCCUCAACCUUGUGUAUUUGGCUGUCCCUGUCCUGCUGGCUGCACGCUGCUACAUAGAUCCAGCCUUCUUCAUGAAGCCGGUGCCUCCGGGACAAGCAGACAACGACAAAAAGCGCAAGUAGAUGCAUAAAACCCAAGCAAAGCAAAGGUCUUAUGACCAUACAAACUUAAACACAUAGGUGAGACAGGAACUGAGACUCCUGAUUGUGUCUGGAAUCUGGAGCACCCAGUGGUGGACUUCACCUCUUCUCCUCUCCUGAAUGACCCUUGUCUCUGCUGUGUGGAUUAUAAUCAGCUCCACUGUUCUAGAGCUUAUCUCUGCUCGACGAAUGAGUCAUUUGAUGCAAUCCAGACUGCAACUCUGGACUCUGACACACACGUUUCUGCCAACACAACACUGACUGUAGAAUUACUUCAUACAGUGUCUCUUUGAGGCCUGAUUUCAAAGUAAUGUUUAUCUGCAAAGGUAUCUGCAAAGAUCUGACAGUUAAAUCCUCUGCUCCUAAUGAGCCAUUGUGAUGUACAAGAAAUGUGAUUGUCUCUCACAGUGUUUUGUUAUCUGUAGACGGUUUUCUUUCUAAUUAUCUUUGUUAGGAUUUUUUUUUAUCACUGUUGCUUGUUUUUGUUUUGGAGGAUUUUUGUCAACUAGCUUAUUAUGAGGAUGAAACUGAUCUUUAAUAUUAAAAAAAGAAGAAACAAAUGAGAACAUUUUUAAAGAAGCACACCAGCAGUUCUUAUUGAGUGCAUGUUCCCUGAUAUGAAUCUGUAGUCUUGGGAAAUGCACUGUUUAUUAUACUCAUGGAGGGAGGCGCAGGUUGCAAAACAUGCUGUAAUAUGUAAGAGGUUUUAUUGAUUAGAUUUCCUUUGCGUGUAUGCAAGCUCAUUUUGCUCGUCCGGCCAAACCUUCUGCCUCUUGGCUCUGUGCUUUAUAAAUGACAUCAUGCAAGCCGUAGAGUUUCAACAAUCCUAUACCUGGCCUAGUGAACUCUGACCCCACUGUUUCACAAAGAUAACUAGGGAAUGACUGAGGGGUUUUGUAAGAAAGUUGUUAAUCAGAAGCCGUUACAGGUCUCCGUUUGUGACCUUUGGCAGACAUAGUGACUAACAAAGAAGUUUUGGUAACACUAUAUUUUAUGGAACACAUAUAACCGCUUAAUGACGGUCAUGUUAUUUGUUUAAUGAAACUCAAAUUGGACACUUGUAAAAUGUUUGCUACAUAACGAGACAUUUGUUAAAUAAAAAUGAGUAAUAAUUGCUUUAUUAGUUGCAAUAAUUCUCAGUAAACAUUCAUGAAAACCUUGUUAUAUAGAUUAUUAUGCAUGAUUUAAUAACCUUAAUAACAGGGUUGCCAGGGUCACGUUUUUUCAUCAAAUUGGCCUAGUCAAAAAAUACUCUGCAACUCUAAGUGUCUUGUUUUAUAGCAAAUAAUCAGAAUUAAAAAAAAAAAUCUAAUACAUUUCUGCAAAAAGUGAAGACAGCGUGUCUAUGAUGUACAAAACCAUGUCUAUUGUAAGAUAUAUUGCAAAGAUUGUGAGAGGGAAAGGGGGAUUAUGGAGUGGUUAAUAUCAGAAAUGCGUGCACACCACGGUGAGCCUGUUUUCCAUGCAAAGACUGAGAAAAAGCGAAAAAAAUUGUCCUUAUUUUCCAGUGCCAGGAUUUUUUGGGCUCGUUUCAGGUCUUUUGUAUGGUUUUGUUGGCUGGAAAUUUUGCUGAAACCAGGCAACAUGAAAUGACAUUACCUCUUCUAUGUGUGUCUUGCCCAUGGCAAUGGGGAACAUGCCUGCUGUACUGAACACUUUGAAGAAUGGUAUGUCUAAAACCGCUCAAAACGAGCUGCUAGACCGUAUCAUGGAUGACUGUAUGUUGUCAACUCUCAACUGCCUAUUACAGGAUUACUCUAAAAAUGCACUAGAUUAUAGACUAGUAGACUAUAGCAUAACUAUAGUAGACUAUAGCAUAACCAACUGUGAUAGCUUCUUAGCUUAAUUUUGUUUGAGGCUACGUUGUUAUUAAUGCCGUCCUGCCCGAACAAAAGCUAUGGUCAUGAGCCACUGCUGCAAUACAUCUUGUUAUGAAUGAAUACAUAGUGAGUAAACCUUAUACAAGCAACUAAUCUGAGGUUUCUUAAGCAAAAAAAACCUCAACCUUAAUUAACCUUUUACAUGUGUUCCUUAAAAUAGUGUUACUGAUUUGUUUUUUGUUUUUUUGUAUGAAUGGAAAUUAAGAAUUUUGUGUAAUGCAAUAAUUAAACAAGUGUUGAUUUCAAAUUAAACAUGUGCUAAGAAAGCCCUAACCCCUAAGAAAGCAUAUUUUCUUAUUAUAUAUACUCCAAUCAGAUUUUCUUGGAUGGAGUCGGGGUGCAGAGGACAACCCCAGUCAUUCAGAAACGAGAUGUCUUUCAGAUUGCUUCAUUACAAUAUCAAAGGCUACACAUUUACUGAAUUACAGCAAAAGAAAGAAAAAGCUUCCCCUCCCUUUGUAUUACCAAAGUGGCACCCUAUGGUGUGGGAGGUUACUGUGGCAACACAGGCUGAGAUGUAAUUGGCCAAGGAUGACUGGAUUAUCAAUAGCAUGCUAAUUAGUUGGAAAAGGUACACUCUUUACACUCUUUAGCGAAGAGGUACCCCAGAUUAAGAUUCUCUGUCAAAUUCUCUGACAAAUAACUGGACUAGUGGACUAGUGUCCCUUUUUCCUUAGUCCCCUUCCUGCACUCCUGUAAUAAUAAUAAUAAUAAUAAUAAUAAUAAUAAUAAUAAUAAUAAUUUUUAAUUUAUAGGCAUUUUCUGUUAGCUUUUUAAAAUAUAAAAUAUAUAACAUCAAAAUAUAAUAAAAUAAUAUAUUUAAUCCAAAAAUUAUAUAUGAAAAAAAAAAAAAACUUAGACAAUAUGCACAAAAAUACAGGGACAUUGUAUAGUUGUAUUAAAGUUUUUUAAUAAGUCAUGCAAUAGCACCCUUGAAGUGAUCAGCACCCUUACAAUUAAUAUUUUGACCCCUGGCCUGAAGAUGGAGGAAUCUUGGUCCACUCAUCCAUGCAGAAUAUUUUAAGCUAAGGUCUUCAGUAGGGUUCAAAUUCCAGAGACUGAGAUGGUCAUUGCAAAACAUUUCUGUGUUAAUUUAAAGUAUGUUUGGCUCAUCUAUGCUCUAUCUACAGAGACGUCUGAACCUCCUGGCA